CGUCACCCGCGCAACGCUGCACAUCACGGCCCGAUCCCACGUUCCACCCUAUCUCCCAAUUUCCCUCACCUCCCCCUUUCGGCGGUCUCUCGAGCGCCUGGGUGGGUUCCCUGCAGCCAUGCGACGUUUUGAUGAACAGGCUUGAAGGCUGGCCUCGUGGUGCCACCGGUCCCCAAUCCCUGCAUGGAUUCACGGGCACUCUGUCACACGCACCACGAAUCACACGUGCGGGACAAUUUCGACCAAGCCGAUUUAGGAGUGCAUGGGCUAAUUAUGGGGCCAGGAUUAUGUGAUUGUUGUGCGCUACGGGCAGAGCAGGUGGGAGAUGCCCUGCCAAGUAGAGGAAAGGUUGAAAGACGCAGUAAGGGUAGUAAUAUACUCGUUGUAGACAUUACUCUUAUGUAUGGUCGAUGCCUGGAUAGUGCUAUUUAUACAGCGAAGAAAAUGACGAAGGAGAAAGGGCCACCUCUCUGCAGAGGACCAGCCAACGUCCGUCUGUAGAAAAUAACCGUGGAGGCGUAAUGUACAUGGAAGGGAAACUCGUAGGUAGCAAGACAAGACUCGAGAAAGAAAGCGGAAAUGGAUGAAUGAACAAA